AUGGAACGGCCAAGAUACCUGGGUGAGAGCGUGUCAACAGGCAUUACGACGGCAUUGCUGUCUCCCUCCUUAGACUGUCGUUCACCUCUCACUCCACGGAUCAGUCGAACUCCGAGCAGUCCUCAUAUCAACGACUCAUCCUCGACCAACCGCCACACCUCCCUUGCGGCCAACGAAGACGACGAUGCCUGUCCGAUCAUCGCGCGCGGUAUCACUUUCGACCUGCCAGAAGUCACAUCCUUCUCGCAGCUUGGCCAGCCUAGAAAGGAUAGGCAGUCAAGGCCGCCUAACCUCAAGCCGGAGUCGCUGCACUUGUCCUCACUGUGUCGGGGAGAACAUGGCGACAACUUCCUACCACGAAGUGCAUUGUCCAUCACACCGAGCUUGAUAGACCAUCCCAAACACGGACACAAUGACGAUAGGGCCUAUCUCACUACCUUUUCCGCCAUUACCCUCAUCCUGGGAAAGACCAUUGGCGUCGGCGUCUAUUCGGUGCCAUCCUCGAUAUUCUCCCAAGUCGGAUCCGUGGGGAUGACGCUUCUUGUCUGGGUCGCGGGCGCAAUUAUCUCUUUCUGUGGCCUAUCCGUCUAUCUCGACCUGGGUACUGCUCUUCCCCGAUCCGGUGGAGAACGCGUGUACCUGGAGCGAAUCUUUCGUCGACCUCGAAUGCUUGCCACGUCCAUGUUCAUGGCAUACGUCGUCCUCCUGGGCUUCAGCACGCCGAACUGCAUCAUUCUCGGCAACUACGCCGUCUCGGCGCUGGGUCAGCAACCGGGAGUGUGGAACGUUCGCGGUGUUGCAGUCGCCGUGAUCUCCAUGGCCUGUCUCAUUCACGCACGAGCACCGGCAGCAGGCCUUCAAAUCAUCAACGUACUAGGCGUGGGGAAGAUGUUGAUCCUCGCCGCAGUCAUCUUCAGUGGGCUUGCGAGCAUCGGCCGGACCUUCUCUCCUGUCUUGAGCCUGGACGGUGGCGGUGGCCACUCUGCCGUGAGUAUCGCCGAGCAGAACUUCACCUCGAUCUGGGCCGGCACCAGCUCCAAGCCGUACAACUACGCCACUGCACUGCUGCAGGUCCUGUACUGCUUCCGUGGCUACAACACGGCAAACCAGGUGAUUUCCGAAGUGCGGAACCCGGUCUCGACGAUCAAAGUCGCAGCGCCAGUCGCGCUGACUCUGGCCUCGAUGGGCUACGUUCUCGCAAACGUCGCGUACUUUUGCGCCGUGGAGAAGGGCGACUUCCGCAGCUCGGGUGUCGUCGUCGCAAGCCACUUUCUGCGCAACAUCUUUGGGGUCCUGUGGGGGGAGAGGAUCCUGCCCUGGUUCAUCAUCAUCUCGGCAUUUGGCAACAUCGCCGCCACCUCGUUCGCUCAGGCCCGCGUGAACCAGGAACUCGGGUCCCAGGGACUCCUUCCUCUGUCCGGCUUCUGGCGCAGCAAGAACCCCAGCGGGGCCCCUGGCGCAGGUCUGUUCCUGCACUGGCUUGUCAGUGUCGUCGUCAUCGUGCUGCCCACUCCAGGCGAGAUCUAUACCUUCCUCGUCGAGAUCGGGGGGUACCCGGUCUCUGUGCUCUCCGUCGCCAUCUCCGGAGGUCUACUGUACCUUCAACUCUCUCCGGCAGAGCGAUGGGCGAGCCCAUGUCCCGCUCACCGCGUACCAGCUGCUAUAUUCCUCGUCAGCAACCUGGUGCUGCUCGUCUUUCCCUGGCUCAAUCCGGGGGGUGAAAAGCAAGGAACCGACAACAACGGCAAGUUCGCGUACUACGCCUACCCGGCGACGUCGCUCGGGAUUCUCGCCCUGGGUGCAGCGUACUGGGUGUUUUGGCGCAUGGCACAGCCGGAGACGAGGCCAGUGAGUACCCCUCUCCUUCAGGACUGGGUUUCGGGUCGAAGUUCAGAGGGGUCCGACGAUAGCAGUACGAGUUUUACCGCCGGCGAUGGCGACGGCGACGGCAGCGUCGAGGGAUCGAGCAGGAGUGGCUCCGCUGCCUUGCAAAGGUGA